UCUCGGGGUUUUUGCCUGCAGCCUGUGCUUCGCGGCGACAUCCGGACAAUUGAACGGACGCCCCUUUGCACGUUUGAUCAGAUCGGCGAUGCAGGUCUUGCAGUAGUAGUGAAGACACGGCAGGACCUUCGGCUCCUUGAAAUGCUCUGUGCAGACAGGACAGGUUAGCUCGUCGUCUAGUUUUUGGAGGCUCAUGGAGAACAGAUCUCCACC